AUGACGAAAUCUCAGAAAAUUGAAGGAACGUUCAGUAGCCCAAGCCAAGCAUCACAAACUGUUUCCGCAGCGAAAUCGAAUAUCAAAACCCCCAAAUCCGAAAUGUUCGAUAACUCUCUGCCAUCUGAUACCAAAUCUGAUAUCAAAAUCCCCAAAACUGAACCCGCUGCAAAGCAUGACUUUCCAGAGAAUAAUCAAACGAUUGCUGCUCUUUCCGAUCCAAAAUCGGAUAUCAAGACUCCAAGAUCUAAAAGGGGAAAGGAUUCUCUUACUCCAUUGAAAAGAAAAUUCGGGGAAAGUUCUUGUCACCGUAUUGAGGAGGAGCAUGGUGCUACUGAUGAUGAAGAGAAUAGUAAUACUGCUGACGAUGAGGAGGAGCACGGUAGUACUGAUAGUGAUAACAACGAGGAUCAUGGUAGUACUGAUGAGGAUGAGGACGAGGACCAUGGUAGCACUGAUGAGGAUGAAGAUGCGGAUGAGGAGGAGGAGGACGGUAGUACGGAUGAAGAUGACGAUGAAGAUGAGGAACUGGUGACUUCUACAAUGCUGCUAAUGAUGGCUUUUGUUUUAACCACCGCAAUGCAUGUUUUUUCAUUUCGUCCCUAA